GUGCUUUCCAAAAAUGUGGCGGCAGGGGUGUGUAGACUUUCAGUCUUGGGAAGCGAGUUAAUGAGGGCGCCCAAGGGAGGCGGGCGGAUGGACGGACGGACGGACGGGGGUCUUCAUCAUGAUAACGGCAAGAAGAGCCAAAAGGGACUUUGGGCAGAGCAGAAAAGACGGCGGCGACGAGCGAGUGCGCUCGUUUGGACAAAUGAAAGAAAAUUGAAGAGCAUUGUGAUUCAGGAUGGGCUGCGCGAGCAGUGACCAAGCGGCGGACGACAACUCGGAGCCGCCGACCAAGAUCAUCUCCCUGGCGUCAAAUCACACGAUUUGGGACGGAAGCACUUGCUGCGACAACGACGACGUGGUGUUUGUGGCUCAGCAUGACUUCAAAGCCAGCAACGGCAGCGAGCUCUCUUUCGGGAAGGGAGACCGAUUCAAGGUUCUGGGAGAAAACGGCGACUGGUGGCUGGUGCGCUCGCUGGCGACGGGACGCCAAGGCUUCAUCCCCUCCAACUACGUGGCCCGGGCGGACACCCUCCAGGUGGAGAAGUGGUUCUUCAAGGAUCUGAGCCGGAGAGAGACGGAGCGCUUGCUCCUGGCGCCUGGGAACAAACCCGGGGCCUUCCUCAUCCGGGAGAGCGAGACUUGCCCGCCGGGUUCUUUCUCGCUGUCCGUUCGAGAUUUCACAGCGGAAAGCGCCGACGUGGUGAAACACUACAAGAUCCGCUCUCUGGACAGAGGAGGCUACUACAUCUCCCCAUCCAGCACCUUCCCGUCCCUGCAGGAGCUGGUCAAGCACUACACGAGUGAGCCGAGCCGAGCCGCUCCAGACGCAACUGCGGUGCUCUCCGUGACCCCGCGUGUCCCGUCAGGUUCCGCCGACGGUCUGUGCCAGCGUCUGUACGCCCCCUGCAAGAAGAAGCCGCCCCAGCGCCCGUGGGCGCCCGACCAAUGGGAGAUUCCUCGCCACACGCUCAAACUGGUCAAGAAGCUCGGCGCUGGACAAUUUGGAGAAGUGUGGAUGGGUUACUACAAGGACACGCUGAAGGUGGCCGUCAAGACCUUGAAGGAGGGCACCAUGGAGCCCGGCGCCUUCCUGCAGGAAGCCAACCUGAUGAAGCAGCUGCAGCACGAGCGGCUGGUGCGGCUCCACGCCGUGGUCACGCGGGAGCCCAUCCUCAUCAUCACUGAGUUCAUGAGCAACGGAUGUCUGCUGGACUUUUUGAAGACGGAUGAAGGGAAAAGGCUCGGGCUCAACAAGCUGAUUGACAUGUCAGCACAGAUAGCCGAGGGCAUGGCCUACAUCGAGAGCAAGAACUCCAUCCAUCGGGACCUGCGGGCCGCCAACAUCCUGGUCAACGAGACCUUGCACUGCAAGAUCGCCGACUUUGGCCUGGCCAGGCUGGUGGAGUCCGUAUACACGGCGCGGGAAGGUGCCAAGUUCCCCAUCAAGUGGACAGCUCCCGAGGCCGUCAAUUACGGCACCUUCAGCAUCAAGUCGGACGUGUGGUCCUUUGGCAUCCUCCUGACGGAAAUGGUCACCUACGGAAGAAUACCGUAUCCAGGGAUGACCAACCCGGAGGUGGUCCGCAAGCUGGACUUCUCCUUCAGGAUGCCCCGCCCAGAAGGCUGCCCGCAGGAGCUCUACCACAUCAUGAUGGCCUGCUGGAAGGAGAGGCCCGAGGAGAGGCCCACUUUUGAGUUCCUGCAAAACGUCCUCGAGGAUUUCUUCGUCGCCACCGAGGGCCAAUACGAGAUGCAGACGUGAAGCCGCAACUAGUACGCACAACAAUAAAAUACGCUAUUGUCACAUUGGGUCAUAUUGUGACAUCACCGAGGACAACGUUUGGGAUUGCGAAGGCCCUGGGAAGCGUUUUGACUUCUGGAAGAUAACGUCGGGGAUGGCCCGCUGCAAGUCCACCAUUUCCUGGACGGACAGGAAACAGGAAAUGCUUGUCAGCAUUCCAUAAAUGCCACAAAGUGAGACCACCCCACACAAAUAUUUGUCCCAAAAGGCCAUCAACACGCAAUGUUCUUCAAUCUUUGCAAAACCACCUUCAGUCCUUCUCAUUGAACAUCAACUGACAUCUGGGACUCUUGCUCAUUCAGUCACAAGAAGGGAGAACAAUGUCCAAAUCAAGUCAGAUGUUUAGAUGAGAAAAAAUGAUCCAGUUUGAAACUCAAAGCUGUGUCAGGUACAAAUCAGAACAAGCGGGAUGAAAAGCAUGUGCGACCAUAGUGCUCGAAAGCCAAAAAAAUCGAAUUCAAAAGUGGGCGUUCCCCCAGGGCUCCCUCGACGAUAUACAGUGUGACCACCAGACGGCGCAUUUCCCCAGGAACACUAAACCAUUCGAGCUCAUGUACAGGCGUGGUUGUUGUUGGACAAGUCUCAAAGUGAGACAUCUUACAACUAACUAAAUACAAAUACAUGCCUUAAUAAUAGGGCUACUAUUGUAUACGCAAUAGGCACUUUUCUCCAAGUUGUCAAAGUCGCGCUUUUGUUUACUAUUAGAAUUGAGCUUUCUCGGAUCCCGUAGACUUGUGCUUCAACGGACCGGGUCUUCCAUGCAACUGUGUUGACUGAGUAACGCUAACAUUUUCAAGCUCUUAAUGCCCUUUAUUUUCUGAAUUAAUGUAUUUUUCACGAAUAUUACUAUAAAUACUGCACAUAUACAA